AUGGAUUCUCCCACAUCAUCUUCCCUCUCAUCUGGUUCAAGUACACCCUUGGCCGACGUGCGUUUCAGCCACGAGCUUGCCAAGUUCAACCCAUGGGUCCAAACCCAGGCCACCGAUCUGCCUCCAGACCCAAUCAUCAAGAUCUAUGUGAAGGCUCCUAUGCUAACCAAGCCUGAACAAUUCGAGUGGUGGUUCGCAAACAUCGAGCGCAUCUUGCGUGACUUAGGCCUCGACAGCCUGGUCUCGAGUCUCCCAUAUCCCGCAUCCAACGACCCCGCCAGAACUCAAUGGUUUGAGCUCUCCAAGGUGGUCCACACCUGGCUUGAAAAGCAAGUCAGCAACGAAAUUCUGCGAAAGAUUGACAGACGGAACCCGAAUAUCGUCCUAGCCCACCAGUUCGCAUGUGAAGUCCAAACUCUGAUGCAAGAGAUGAGAGAGUGGCAGGUUCAGAACGCGCAUUUUGCAUUCUACCACCUCAGACGAUGCGAUUGCAGUAGCAUUCAGGAGUUUGUUGAGACUGCCAAAGAGCGGUUCCGGAUAGCCUGGGAUCUGGAUGCUGGCGUCGCUCCGUGGGCAGCUAUCAGUCUGGUCGCGAGGGGAAUUACAUCUGUGCCAGAAACCAAAUGUUUUUAUUCUUUCGUUGAUGGUGACUACCCGGAUGAGGUAACAGCUCGUGAUAGUCGCACUGCUGCUGAUUUCUAUGAGUUCUGUGACGACGUGCUUAAUUCACUGUAUGAGAGCGAUGGGGAAGAGGACGAAUCCCCAUUCGAAAACGUGCUGGCGUUCACCGUGCCGAAGAAGAGAUGGACUUAG